AGGUUGGAGAAAGGAGAGCGACAACCUACGUGUGGACAAACAUGAUUGGAUGGCUAAGCCGCGGGGCACUUGGAGCUACGUCACGCGUAACCAGAAUAGGAAACGUCCAAACAAUCAAGAGUCGUCUAGUCUCCACGGGAACCAAGUAUGUGAAUGGUUUGGAUUGGUGUUUACCUAGUGCAGACACCCGCGACGCGACCUUUAUCAGGGCUCUUAUUGCUGCAAUAAUACCCUAUUGGGCUCAUUUAUAUCAUUUACAUUCCACUGCAUCAAGAGGAAUCAUAUUAUAUUUAUAAUCGGGUUUACAAAAUGGGAGACGAUCAAGAUCUUCCCAUCGCCUUACGGCGCACGCCGCGGACCAGAGUUGGCGCGGCGGCAGGAUUGUCGGGCGCAUCGCGGUUAUCUGCAACCAAUACCGCUUCGGAGGUAAACGCAAGGACGCCUAAGCGACAGAGUAAGAAGAGGGUCCGGUUUUCAGACCCUGGCCCGAAUGUCGAACACCACGAUGCAUCGUCAGCAACGGGACUUACACCAAUGGUUCAGCGAACAUCACUCAAUGUUGCUCCUUCGCCCAAACGUAGACGUUAUUCCGCGCCUUUCUCUCGGUCCCAACAGGGUGGAGAAGAUGGCCUGUAUGGCAAUGGCAGCAGCAACGAAAUACGUUUCUUCUCGUUGCGUCAGGUCCUCGAUGAUCGCGUCAAGCGACGCAUUCGUCGAAACGGACUCAGCGAGGAAAUGAAUAUCAUCAGUCAAGAGAAGCGGCAGCGCGUUCAGAAGCAGAAGGUCGAGUUGCAACGUCUUCAACACGAACUAGAGGAGAAGGAUCGGGAAAUCGAUAGACUACAAAAUACCACGAUGGCCCAGGACACCGACCGAGUCUUAGAGUUGGAGCAAGAGAUUCAAUUGCUUAGAGAGGAAUUAAGCAGUCGAACUUCGUCAAAUGGCGACCAAACACGGAACUACGACUGGACAUUGGCCGCUCGUGAUCCGUUCUCGGAUAGCUACAUGGAUGCGGAUGAUGAUCAUCAUGAUAACCAUGAUAGGCAUGAUAAUCAUGUUGAUGAAGCUUUUGGGGAUGCCACGAUGGCCGAUCUGAUAUGCAGUACACCGUCCAGGAAUCGCGCAUCAGCUUCGUUCCCUACGCCGCCCUGCACGAGCCCCACGAUCCCCUCGACUCCCUGUUCUCUGCGGAGAAGCGCACCGGUGACGCCACAAUCUCAUAUCGGAAUUCAAACAGUACUCCCUGACCCGGACAAAGAGGCCUUAGAAGCUGAAUUGGGAUCUCUACGCCUUGAAUUAGCCAAGUUAACCAAAGUACUCGAGAGCCAUGAGGCCUUCAAGGCGCGCAUAUCUGAUAAACUUAACGCCGCCGAGAUCCCUACGGAACCUUCAAAGGACGUGGAGACGCAUCUAGACGCCGUGCUGCAGUCCCUCUCUGACAAAACGGCAACAUUACUAGAUCUCAAUUCAUCAUUGAGUUCCCUAGGGUUCGCCGGCAACAACGCGGGUGAGAUUAUGGCGUCUCUCGCAGGGGCGUUCCGCUCGGCACGUCUAGAACUCGAAUACCUCACGCCGGGAGAGAUCACUCUUCCCCUAUCCUCACGUGGGGCCGAGGUCUUAGACUUGGUGCUCGUCCAGCUACGUAGCCUCGCGCGCCAGGUUCGCGAGAAUGAAGAAGCAAUUGAUGAGUACCAUGAGCUCGAGUUGUCAUUGCGAGAGCAGCUCAAUGCGCGUGUCGACGCGAUGGACAGCAUGCGUGAACGUAGCCGAGUAGAGCUGGCCGGCAAGGACGAGCGCAUCGCAGAUCUAGAAGUCGGAAUGGAGCAUCUGAAGAGUGCUGCUGACGGCUACCGCCGCGACGUCGCCGAAUUGGAGAGCCUCGUACAAAGCAUGGAAGAAGGCAAGGUCACUGAAAAGCGACUCACAGCUGAGGUCGCAGGUGCGCAGGCGGAGCUCGCUGAUAGCAAGGCUACCAUUGUCAAACUAGAAGCCAAGCUCGCCUCGGUGCAUGAGCAAGCCGAAAACUUCCGCUUACAGCUCGCUGAGCUGCAGAGACGCAAGGCCGCUGAAGUGAAAGCUCUUAACAAAUACCACGGGAUGGCGCUGGCAGUACGGGAUACGCGAGUCGCAGACCUGCGGCGCGCUCUUGACGAAGUAAACAGCAGCUUGCAUGAGGCAAACACCACGAUUCAGCAGCUGCGCGUAGAAAAUAUUGGGCUAAACCAGUGCCUAGAAGAGGAGAGAAACCGCGCCAUGCAGGCCGUCGACACUAUGAAGGCUGAUCUCGAGCGCAUGGUCAAGAUGAGCUCCGAGUUCUUGUCUACUCCGUUAAGGUCGACCACAAGUAGCUUGGGGAAGACCUUGCGUUCCUCGACCAAGUCUGUUGCCGAGAGGGCAGCUGUAAGCGAGUAUGCAACGACUCCUGAUAGCGGUCCCCUGGGAUCGGAGGCUUGCUUCCCUGGCGAGCUAGCGAAGAUUAAUAGGGGAACCAAAAGGCGCAAGCAUGAUAGUGGUUUAGGCCUUCUGGAUGAAGAUGAAGCCGGCAGCGUAGAGCAGCUCUGAGUGCUGUAUCCGCGUAUCACACGCUGCGUUGCCCAAGGACAGUUCUUUAAGUCGCCAUUUUCCCUUUGUAUUGUUUUUUUUUUUUUUUCUAUUACUGG